CACACUCUCGUAAGCACAUUUCUCUCUCUAAAAUACUCUCUCUCUCUCUCUCCCUCUCUCUCAACAGAGAAAAUGCAGAGCCCCUUCGAUUUCUCUUCCAAAACCUCGGAGACCUGGAAACCCUAUCUCUCCAUGUAGAUUCAAUCGUUUGUCUGUAUAGUUGCAUUCGAGAUCGAUUGAUUUCACCUCCGUCAAUUUCCUUCAAUCUGUUAUUCUUCGUUGUCGACGAUUUGAAGUUUUGAACGCCUCCUCUGAUGGGGUUGUCAGGGCUUGAACAUUGAGAAACUGUAAGAAAAGCCCUCGUCGACCAUAUCAUCGUCCGCCACCGGUGGCUCGUCUUUGUCUGCCUCUGAUACGGUGAUACCACCGCUACUGACGCCGAAGCUCUCCGGCGGCAAGCUCUACUUCGACGUGUCUCCGUCUAAGGUUCCUCUAAUAUACUCGCCUUCCUACGAUAUCGCGUUUCUUGGCAUUGAGAAACGGAAGACUGAAGACACACACUGCCAUGGCUGCUACUAAGACUCGAACGAGUAGUUUCUCACGCAAUGUUUCUGAUACACCUACAUCUCAGAUCCCUGGAUUGAAGAAUGGUCCAAAUGGCACAAUCUUUGUUUCAUCCGGAAUACCAGAUCUUGACAAGAUCUUAGGAGGUGGGUUCCCUUUGGGAAGCAUAGUCAUGGUGAUGGAAGACACUGAAGCGCCUCAUCAUAUGCUUCUCUUGAGAAAUUUCAUGUCUCAAGGACUGGUUCACAAUCAACCUCUUCUUUAUGCUAGCCCGUCAACAGAUCCAAGAGCUUUUCUUGGAACUUUGCCAAGUCCAAUAUUGUCUAAAGAUGGCAAGUCUCGUGAGAAUGACAUAGAACAGGAGAAGAGGCUGAGGAUUGCUUGGCAAUAUAAGAAGUACUUUGGGGAACAGCAGCAGAAUAUGGCGUGUCAGAGAGAUGGAAAACCAGAGUACUGCAAUGACUUUGACUUGCGGAAGCCCCUUGAGAGGCACUUUCUCAGUGGACACCACAUCGAUUGCAUUAGCCUUCAAUGUUCUCCCAGUCUUGCCACUAUCCGUGACCGUUGUUCAGCAUUUUUAACUCAAUUACCAAGAUAUGAUGCCAACAUAUCGUGUGCUGGUCGUAUUGCCAUUCAGUCAUUCUGUGCUCCACAAUGUGAAUAUUCCAACAUGGAAUGGGAAAUGGUUUCCUUUAUCAGAUCAUUAAAAAGCAUGGUACGGUCUUCUAAUGCAGUUGCCUUUAUAACUUUUCCACCUGCUGUUGUUUCACCGUCCUGCUCAAAGAGAUGGCAACAUUUGGCUGACACCUUGCUAUCAGUCAGAGCGAUUCCAGAUGAGGACAAGGAAUUGGCGGAACUCCUCACUGGUUACAAGGACAUGGUUGGCCUUCUCAAUGUGCAGAAAGUGGCACGUAUUAAUACACAGGUUCCUGUAAUUCUAGAGGCUAGCACAUUCUCAAUAAAGCUGCAAAAGCGGAGGUCAUUGGUUUUAGAAUGUUUAAAUCAAGCUCCUGUAGAUGCUUCGAGUGGAACUUCGUAUGGCACUUCUGGCAGUUGUUCUGGGUCUUCAAAGGUAGGGACCCUUGAUUUUUAGUUCCCAAAGCUAAUCCCAUGGCUGAUUGUCACUCGAGCAAUUUAGAAGCACAUGCCUACCUUUGCAGGAUAAUCAUCUGAAAUUAUCUAAGUCCGCUUGUCAAAAAUGAGAAACUGCAACACUGCAUGUAUUUUCAUAUUCUUGUACCGGGUUGACGGUAUGUAGAAGAUGAACUUAUUUGAAAUGAAAAAUUAGAAGAUUAGUAUUGUAGUAUAA